AAAUGUGGAAAAAUCAUUUCAAUUUUAUUUACAGGGAUAUUCAAUGCUAUCGUUAAAGGAUCUCCAAAAUGAUUACCGAAAAAAAAACAGUCCUCCUCUCUGUAUUAAAAAAGCAAAGAUCUACCACAUCUCUCUGCAAACAAGACACAGUAUUUUGAAGGUGCAACUGAUCGACUGAAGCCUUCGAUGCUAAGAUAACAUACCGAGCCGAAUGGACGUAUUUCCACGAGUAACCCACUCAAAGGCGCGUGUGCAGAUAUUGCUGAUUUCGUUGCUGAUCAAGUCUCUUAUACUGCGUCAACAUUUGCACUGUCGACACCAGGGCUUUUUUAGUCGUCGCCAUGCCAACGCGGUUGUGCCUACCAGCAACCCAUUAGACCCGUUAACUUGGCGUUGCGUAUAAUUCAAAUCAGCAAUUAAUAAUUUUCGACAUCCAUUGAAGAAGCAAUACGCGCUGCUGUUAGGGGCGCGUUGUCGUGAGUGAGUAUUAAUGACAUCCGCACUCGGGCGCGCGGUAAAAUUUACCACAGAUCUGAACUGACAGAGAGAAUUAUUCACUUUGCUGGGGGUCUCAGAGACAAGCGAAACAUCACAGACGAAUCCACUCGAACAGAUCACAGAAUCGUCGAUAGUUCAUUGCGAUCAAGAAGAUUUAGUAGAUGUACCAUUCUCAAAAUUAUUUGGGUGCCUAUUUUACGAUAUUUUAUUUGCGUGUGCUGAAGGUGUAAGCGGCCUGGCGAUUGACUGGUAGGACACGACAUGUAUUGUUUCGCCCUUUCUUAGCGGAACUACGCGCAAAACCCAGCUGUUUAUAUGAGCCCAAUGGACCGGUUAAACUAUCUACACUGUCGCCGUGAUUUGGAGAAGAAAACGUAGCCCUUGAAAAUGAUGGUGGCAUGGCCGUGGACACCUCGUUUGUUGGUGGUUUUAGUGAUCUUCUCUCAACCUAUCGCCAUACAAGGAUCAAAAGGAGUUCCAAAGCAAUGUUUGGAUAAGUACACGGACUGUGUACGACAAAGCCAAUUCCAGUUAUGCAAGAAAACGGUAUUAACGCCUGAAGCAAACGUGACAAUAUUGUCUGUAACUCAAAACAAGGCAAAAAUACGAUGUGUGGAUUACAACUACCACAACGUGAUCAUCACACCCCUCUUCAGCUGGAUCAGAUGGUCACGUCCAGGAGAUCUGGAACUAGAGCGUCUCGAUCUGGACAACGGUAGCUUCCGUCACGUUGACAAUGACGGGAAGAAGUACUCAAUCGAGUCCAUUGUACACAAGCAGGACAUACAUGCGCAGAUAUUGACUAUCAACGACCUGAACGAGUCGGACUAUCAGCUCUACACUUGUGUUAUCUGUACACAUUAUGGGAGGAGUCAUCACAGUAUACGUCUAGAACCACCAGUAUAUGCUACUACUAAACCAGUGGUCCCCAACAUGAGACCGACCAAUCAACCACCGUCCCACCCAAAUCACGUGACCAGCAGACGGGCUUUGAGUCCAGACCCUCGCACCAACCGAGUGUCUGCAAUCGUGUUCUUCGUGGUGGGAUCCCUCCUCGUCCUUGCCAUCAUCAUGGCAGUGGCACUUCUCAUAAAGUACAAGUUUUUCAAGGGGACACCACCAGAGGAACCCACCAGCCCUCAGCCUCUUUUCCAAGAGUCUCCAGUAUACUCUCCAGUCCUGACUAAACAUGAUUCUAGCGAAAGACGUUCGCAGAGACAAUGUAGUUCUUCCACGUUCACGUCAAGUCUACGCAGCUCGACCAGUUCGGCCACAACUCCCUUCAAGUUGCGCCGUAACAGCAGCCGCUCGCCUGCCAAUUCCGGGAUGACGUAUAUAUCGGAGAUUUCAGACGGCCCCGAAGAAGUGUUUGAGCCGCCAUUUGACGAGGAAUGGGAAAUUGCCAGGGAGAACAUCGUACUAAGGGAGAAAAUAGGCGAAGGUGCAUUUGGACUCGUCGUAAAAGGGAUCGUUUAUGGGCUUCCUGACAAGCCAUCAAGUUGUACAGUCGCCGUCAAGACUAUCAAAGAAGACGCCUCGAUUGAGGAGUUCAAUGACUUCGUGUCAGAGAUCGAAACCAUGAAAUCCAUCGGUAACCACACCAAUAUUAUCAACAUGGUGGGAGUGUGCUCAGUGGAUGGCCCUCUUCUUUUAAUUGUUGAGCAUGCAAUGCACGGGAAUCUGCGAGAUUUCCUUCGCAAACACCGUGGAACGCACAAAGACGCUUCGCAAAACAACAACCUUUACAUGACCCCCGGAAACUCUCUGAUCAUCAAAAACUUAUUGCCGAUGGCGUACCAGGCUGCCAAAGGCAUGCAGUACCUUGCAUCAAAGAAGUGUAUUCACAGAGACCUGGCUGCACGUAACGUCUUACUGGCAGAUGAUUACGUUCUGAAAAUCGCUGAUUUCGGCUUGUCGAGGAACCUCAGGGAAACGGAUUACUACAGAAAAACAACGCAUGGUCGACUGCCUGUGAUGUGGCUAUCUAUUGAGGCCUUGUUUGACCAAAAGUACACUCUGAUGAGCGAUGUGUGGUCUUUUGGGGUUUUACUCUGGGAGAUCUACACAUUAGGUUGCAUGCCAUACCCUGGUAUUCCUGUGGAGAGGCUUUUUGAACUUUUAAAGACUGGCUACAGAAUGUCGGCACCAACUGAGUGCCCCCCAGAGAUUUAUACGUUGAUGUUGCAAUGCUGGAGCGAGAAUCCUGCGGACAGGCCGACUAUGGAGCUGGUCGCCAAGGAGUUGGACCGGAUGCUCGCUACCUCGUCCAGUUUGGAGUAUCUGGACAUCCUCCCAAACACUUCCAAUGAAACGUUAUUUAUUCAAGACGAUUUUAUUACAAAACAGGAAACUGUCGUUUGAUUUAAAAAGCCGAAUUGAAAUAGAAAUCAGAGGAAAAGCUAUGUAAAUAAUGUGAAUUUGUGUACAUAAAUGGUCUUAAGUAAUUGUGUUUGCUCACAUUGCAAGCAUUAUUGCUUUUUUAAUGUGUAAUGUUUAGGCUAGUGUACAAACGAUAACGGAAAAGGCGGUAGCAGGAUUAUGUGAAACAGCUAGUACGUGCUCUAUGGCACACUCGACGGUCUUGGUUUGUCUUAUACGGUCUUGGCUCGGUGUUUUAUUUUAAAUGAUUUCUCGUGAAAGCAUACUGUUAUAUUAACUUAAACUAUUAUUCUAGUUAUGUAGAAAGAAGAGGCAGGGCUAUAGAUAUAUGUAAAUAUUGUACAGUUGGCUGUACUCCAAAUUGUCGUAUUUAGUGAUUCCCUGGCUGAUGCGCCGCAAAGGAGCUGAAACGAAUUUUGAUAUCUCAUGAAAUGAAAUAAAGCAAAGUGCAUUUAAGAGCUAAACAGAACGAAAUAUUCAAUUAUAAACCAAGAGAAGGUUAUUAAAAUUAAUUUAUUGUUCGCAUUAAUAUUUUUUAUUUCAUUGCAUUGCAUAAGAGACUGUGUUGGUCUCCGGGGUUACGUAUAGCGUUAACAGCAUUUUUCUUCGAAGACGUUCCAUUCUAGACACGCUCUAAAGAGGCACUAUCCCUUCAAAAAACAAUUGUUUGAAAUAAAAAUGAAGAAGUAGAAUUG